CUGGUAUGAUUUUGUGCUAGCAUUAAUUGUCUUCCCGCCUUCUUGAUUUUAACGUCUCUAAAUGUCUGUUCUCUGUCCACCGACCACAUAUCUUCCACCGAUCGCCAAGAUCGCGAGUUUCUCCGUCACCCAGCUUCUCGAUGCCUUGACUUAUUUACAGUCACUUUACCAUCCAGAAGUCCGUGGCUCGCGUCGCAAACGUGUGCAGGCGCCUGUAUCUAAUGGAGAGCAGAAUCUAUGCCUUCCCCAUGGAGAUGACAGCGAACUCCAAGCUAUCCGAUCUGAUGCAUUCGAGCGCUCAUAUUCUAUUCGGUGGCUUACCACUCUAAUCGCACAGCUCGAGGUCUGGCAAGACUUAAGGCACUCCGAAGAAGUCUCAUUGGAUUAUCUUGGGACGCUAGAGCCUACCUUGGCUUACACAGAGAUACUCGUCCAACAAGCCGCGUCGCUACUCGCGAUCUGUGCCGGGGUCGCUGCUGCUGGAAUGGUCACCCGUAACUUUGUUUUUGGUUCUAUAGACGGGCAGAGACGAGUGGAAACUCAGCUCACAGAUAUUCCGCUGGACAACGAUGACUACGGGAGUGUGGGAGCGCAGACAUGGGGCGGGGCGUGUGUCUUGGCAGAAAUGAUUGUGGAAGAUCCUGAGCGGUUUGGACUGGAUUCUUCCUCUCACGUCCCUGAAUCACGCAGGCUCAACGUCCUUGAGCUCGGAGCAGGAACAGGGUUGGUUAGCUUGGUGGUUAUGAAAUUACUGGAUUCAUUGCCGUCUUUCAACCAUCGCGAGGUUCAUGUGGUUGCGACUGAUUUCCAUCCUUCUGUGUUAGCCAACCUCAGGUCAAACGUUGACGCGAAUGUCUCCUCCACGCACAAUCAAAUUACUUCAACCCAUUCCAUUACCACUCAUUUCCUCGACUGGUCAUCAUUCUCUACUACUCCUCGACCGGAUUGUCUUUCGUGCCCGUUUGAUGUGGUCCUCGGUGCAGACAUCAUUUACGAAGCCCAACACUGCGCACCUGUAUCUCCCGCCGCUUUUCAUCUUGUGAUACCACUUCGUCCAACGCACACAUUCGAGUCAGACAUGGUCGAGUCCGUGUUCCUCGAGGCGAGCGAUGAAUAUAUCACAUGUGAUGCCUAUGGCGAUUAUACGCGAGGACAAGGUCUCGAUGAAGACGUGGAGUACGUUUAUUAUAAAAUUGGCUGGUUUACAUAACGCACAAUUGUAGAAUCAUAUGCAUAGAAUCUAGAUCACAUAGAGUUGC